UCGGGAAGACUGGGGCUGAAGAGUCAAGAUUCUACACUAGAGACGGUGCUCAAAUCAUCAAAUGAUGCUUUUUAUCAACAAACCAACAAAAUUCAAACCGACGAACACGUCUCUCUCACUGUGUCCCGUUCAAGCCAUGAACUGUCGAUCAUCUCCGAAUGGCUUGGCGCAAGCUAUUGGGAUCAGCGGCAAAUGGCACCACGAGGAAUGAAGGAGCAAAAGAAAGGAUGCUUGAUCCAUCGUCCCUCGAGAAGCAGAUGGAGUCACUGACUGAUCUCAUCCCGGUCGAAACCGCAGCCAGCAGGAUGGAAGUUGGAACCCACCAUACGACGAGUAUUUAGAUGCUGAGACGCCCUCCAAAGAAAACUCAUGAUCUUGUAACACCCUCUCUUCCAUUAACUCCACCACAAUCGUUCUUUCUUUUGCUCAAUCCCACUUCAAGUCACUCUUUUUCCAAGUCGCCUUCCAGUCCCAACUGCCCACAAUGAAGUUCUUCAGCGCCGCUCUUGCCGCAUUGGCGGUUGGUUCCGCCAUGGCUGCUCCGACAAUCGCUGAUAAUGUUCUCGAGACCGUUGACAACACCGUUGACAGCGUUACUCGCCGGACCACACCCGCCCAGGACUGCCAGGCUUGCCCUCUCCCUUCCCCGCCUUCAUGCCCUAACGGUGGCUGUGCGGGGGGUGUUGACGUCGUCGAUGUCAACGUCGACGUCCAUGCCCAUGCCGACGUGGUUGUCAAGAUCAACGAGGCUACCAAGAUCGUUCUCGAUGCUAAGGCCCUGAUCAAGGCUGAUAUUGACCUGAUCGGUGAGUCUCUCACAGCAAUCGUGGCCCAAACGGUCAAGUUCAUUCCCAGACCUGCUGCUAACCAUCCAUUUCCGCCUGUAGCCAAGCUCACUGCUGCCACGGUUGUCAAGGUUGACGCCCAGGCGCUGCUCAAGGCCAUUGUCGACCUCAAGCUCCACGUCAAGAUCCUCGUUGACGAAGUCCUCCCGUGCCUCCACGGCAUUGUCCAUGACGCACACGACCUUGUUGCUGCCGACCUCGAGGUGGCCCUGAAGCUGAUCGCCGAGAUUCAAGCUCUCCUUGUCGAUGUCGAGGUCUGCAUCAAGGCGCUGGUUGCCGCUGUCAAGGCCGGUAAGUUGUCGCCCGCCGGGCUAGCAUUGAAUGCUAUGAGUGAGCCUUUGCUAACAAUAGUCUUUCUCCAGAUGUUCUGCUCGUCAUCAAGGCCGAGGUCAAGCUCCUCCUCGACCUCGUUCUGUCCAUCUGCAGCCCCGUCGUCGACUUCUGCCUCUGGAUCAUUGCCCGCGUCUCGCUCAGCCUCGAUCUUGGCGGCCUCAUCGCCAAGAUCACCGCCUGCAUCAACGUCAUCAACACUUGCCGCACCGGCGUCCUUGCCUUGGUCAAGGUCGUGGUUGGGGCGGCUCCCCUCCCGCAGCCGAACUAAGGCUACCAAGUUCGGAGGAAAACUCGGGAGGAUGCGCCGCGACGCGACAUCUCGGCAGCAGGAGAUGUGGGCACAGGUCUUCAAUGUUUGGACUGGAAUGAGUCAUGCUCAACUGGCGCCUCAGGAGUUCCCAAGAGAGGCGGUCUAGGUACUACCAACAGAGGGGUGCUGUCAGUUAAUGCUAAUAUCUAUAAUGUACAUGUUGGCACCCAGAUCUUGUCUGGUUUGGUGCAUCGAGCUGUCUGUGUGAACCAAAUUCUUCUAUGGCGAUGAUGAGCUUGAUGUGCUGUUCCAAAUUUCGUGCUAACGAU